AUGAGACUUCGGCUUUCUUCACUGUUGUGCCUUCUUCCUACGAUACUAUUAUGCGAUGAGUCUCGAGCUUUUCGGCUGGAAGUGAACGGGCGGCGAAAUGAAUCACCGAGUCUCGCGACUUCGAUUUUAAACCGGAGAGAAAUUGGUACCUCUUCUCUCAAUAACUCGGCAGACAUCAGCUACUAUACGGAUAUCACGUUGAAUGGAACCACCUUCUCUGUGCUCAUUGACACCGGCAGUUCUGACCUAUGGGUCGUCGGGUCCGUCUCAGGCGCUGUGAACACAAAACUCUCAGCUAGUGUAUCUUAUGCCGUAGGGUCUGUAAAUGGUAAUAUUGAACUGGCUAACCUGGACUUUGGAGGAUAUAUAGUACCCGAGCAAGCAUACAUUUCCGCAAGUCAGAGCUCCAGCAAUCCUGCCGGCCAAGGUCUCAUUGGUCUUGGCCCUAAUUCCGGUAGUAACGUCUAUGCUGAAUUCAACAACAACACCGGCGCAUCCGUCUGCGAUCGAAUAUUCAUCCAAAAUACCAGUUCCCCGAACUAUAUCACUGUCAAUCUUGGCCGCACCGAUGAUCCCAGUGCAGAUUUUCCAGGAAAUAUUACUAUUGGUGAAACUCUUGACGGGCUAGGCAACAUCACAAGUGAACCCAAACUGGAGGUCACGACUGUCUCCAUUCACGAUACUGGCGACCAACAUUUCCAGAUUUUAAUAGACAGCGACGGGAUCAUCGGUCCUGAUAACCAGUCCAUAUCUUACACGACAGAGGUAGACAGCACGUCGAAUUCAAAGCAAGCCACUGCCGUUUUAGACACCGGGUUCUCACUAAGUCAAGUACCCGACACUGUAGCAACUGCAUUCUACAGCAGGUUUUCUGGUGCAGAGUACACCAAUGUCACUGAUGUUGGGGCCGUAUGGAUUGUCCCUUGUGACCUCGAAGUUAACUUGACUUUCAAAAUUGGUGGUGUGCGCUAUCCUAUCCAUCCGUUUGAUGCAACACUUGAUCCUUCUAUCCUUAACAUUUCUGACGUCAAAAAUUCCGCUGGUACAGCUAGUUGCAUUGGUCUGUUUCAGCCUGUUUCCUUCGACACUGGCUCUGAUCCUACCUACGAUAUCAUCCUUGGAAUGUCAUUCCUUCGUAACGUCUACGCGUUGUUUAAUUAUGGAGAUUUUAUCACGGACAGCAACGCUUCGGCUCGAGGUGAUCCAUACGUACAGCUACUUUCAACGACGGAUCCUGCUGAUGCACACUCGGAUUUUGUGAAUCAGCGCUUGAAUGGAGUAGACACAACUGGAUCGCAGACGCUCGGAGCGCCAACCUCUACCGACGAUAGCAGCUCAAGCUCUUCUUCCCACAGGAAUCUUUAUUUAGGUCUGGCCAUCGCUGCGGGCGUUUUGGCAUUGCUCUUCUUCCUUGGCGCAUGUUGCAUGCGCCGUAACAAGGCUAAAUCUACUGCCGCAUGGGUUCCCGGACGGUCGGGAGGCGCGUAUGCACAGUUGUCAAACAUAAACGGACCACGAGACAAUCAUCUCGCGUCUACUUCUGCCCCGCCUUAUACACAGUACGAUCAGCGUUAUGAUCAUAACGGAGAGUGGGGACAAACGCUUUAUGAUCCCGCAGCACCCGGUGGUGCUUCUUCGUACCCUCUAUCUCAGUAUCCCACCAGUCAACCACCUCAACCAAAUACAACGCAGACACAUCCCCAGUAUUCUAACCCUUUUGAGGGUUAA